UGUAGUGCUAGCCGUAUGUCAUCAUGCCAUGGUCAUUGAUUGUUGCAAAACUACAUACUGCAUCAAUGCCGGUAGGAAGAGGUAAACUGGCAGAGGGCAAAUAGAUCUUCUUUGCUGAUUUUCAGCAUCAUAUCUUUAGGCGAUAGGGCGCAGCCGGGGGUAUACUUAUAGCAUCAUUAGCAUGAGUGGCUGGGAGAGAAUCGCCAACAUUGGCGGAGGGUCGUUCGGAAUCGUGGAGAAAUGGGUGCACUCGAGGAGUGGAGAGGCUAUAGCCCUCAAAAUCCCCAAAUACCUCAGUUCUGGUAUGGAGAAACGCUGGGACGAUGAAAUCAAGCAGCUGGGAAUGUUAUCGCACGAUAAUAUUGUCGGUACUCGUAAGCUACCAGAUGCCAUUCAGUCGCAUGUAACCAGUCGUGGUCCGAUCCUGUGCAUGGAAUUCUGUGGCGGCGGCAGUCUACGGGAUCAGCUAAGAGCUCCAGCAAAUCGUUGUGGAUUGUCGCCGCGCACGGCCCUGGAUGUGCUGCGUGAUGUCAGCAGCGGUGUGGAAUAUCUACACACGCAGAAAAUCAUGCAUCGAGACUUGAAGCCAGAGAAUAUCGUCCUUCAACACCGGGCUGGGAAGUCUCGAUCUCAGGUGGACUGUGUGGAUCCAGACAACAGCUUGCCGGACGUCACCUUCAAACUCAUCGAUCUUGGCUAUGCGAAGAACCUGCGCGAUACGUCCAUGGCCGCAUCAUUUGUAGGCACCCAGGUGUACCUUCCACCUGAGAUGUUCAUAGCUGAUUGCUCGUAUUCCUACUCGGCCGAGUAUUGGAGCCUUGGCACGCUGGCAUUUGAAUGCAUAACUGGCAAGCGCCCGUUCUUCUUUAACCAACACAAAGUCGGCAUUGCCACAUGGUACGACCAGUUAUCCAAGAAGGAGGACAAGCACAUCUACGGUAUUCUGGAGUCGACCGGUGGUGAAAAGGUUCUCGCUCACUUCCACUCGAAGCUGCCUGACAUCUGCUGCAUACGCGAGCCAUACCGGCAUGCGCUGGAAGAGUGGCUCAGGUCCGUUCUGCACUUUAGCGGCAAGAAGCGUGGUGGAUACCGCAGGUCAGGCCCGCGUUCAGAUUGCUUUGACCUGCUGGAACGCAUCCUCACUAAACGAGUUGUGCACGUGUUCUACGCCAAGACGUGUACUACAUACUCGUAUGAUGUUGAUGAGCUGGACAAUUCCAUGGCUCGUCUACAAGAGACACUGGCGGCGGAUGCCGAUAUCCCCGUACCGGAGCAGGUGCUUCUUUCAGCCAUUGGCCAGAGCGUGUCUGCACAUUCGUCAAUAUCGCGGUCGGUGCAGGACUUGGCCUAUAACAAUUGCUGGUUGUUCUUGAUGCCCACUGCGGAAGGGUUUACCCUGCCACAGCCCAGGACUGUUGUGCACGGUCUUGUACACAUUGUUCUGCGGGAACCCACUGCUCUGCUGAGCCACGACAAGCGCAAGCAGGCGUACGAAGAGAGCAUCUUCCUGGCGCACCAGAUGUUCCGCACCAGUCAGCGACUUAUGCAGUCGCAGAGGGCGUGCAUACUCGGUGUCAUGCGAGUUUCGCUACGCCUAGAGCAGCAGUACAAAGACUGCGUCGAUGCUGCCAAUCGCCUGAAGUUUUAUCUUCAGUUUGUACUCGACAGUGCAAGAGAGCAUCUUGAUCACCUAAAUUCUGUCCUGGCCGUGCUGCCAGUGCCUCUCCAGCAAUCUGCCCGCCGCCUGGAGAGUGAGUUAUCUAACCAGCUCAAGACGCUGUCGGAAUGGAGUGACAAUGAUGAAGAUGCGCCGGAUGAGGAGGAACAGCAGUGCGCUCUCCGCGAUGUCAGAGAUCGCGUGAAGCACCUGCAACGCCAUGAAGCGGUGACACUACCGCAGUGCGACGAGUCAUUCAAGCUGCACGUCGAGAAUGCUGAGCUUCUCUUCAAGGAGCUGCAGAGUGAAGGCAACAGCGGUGCAGCACCAACGGAGGCCAUGUCCGACCUGCUGAACGCAUGCUCAUCCGAUUUCAAGCGCAUUUCCAACAGCAUGUUUGACCACUGGUACGACAUGUUGGUCUGUCACGGGAUUUGUGUCAACCAGCUGGGACGCCUGGCCAAUAUUCGGAUGCCCAUUGCUGAGAAAAUCAAGCAGCUUGACAAGAUGCGUGCUGUGCAGAUGCAAGUGUGGGACAUUGUCCGCGCCCUGCUGGUCAACGCGGGAUCACAGCAGGAAACGCACCCAGGCGAGAGGCUCUCACGCGAUGCUGAACCUCUUCCUGCGCCAUCAACACAGGCCGGUCAAGCUCCACAGCAGACGGGUCAUUCGGGAACUAUUCCCCGCUCGCAGGGCAACUUCUUGAAUCAACCAGUUAUCAUGGAGAGCACGUCAACGUCACCAAGCCACAUUGAUGUGCUGAGGGAGAGCCAAGCUGCAUUUGAUCGCUUCGCUUAGAGAACUGUAUGCUGAUAUCUAUCAGCUGUUGAUCAUAUGAGUGCCUGGCACUGUCUGCACGAAUGGUUCAUACCUAUUGCUUUUCGGCGAUCCUCAAUUGCAGCACAUGCAUGCGAUUAACUGCUGCAAUUGAGGAAGAUGCGGAAAGUACUGAGCAAUGUUAGCAACUGUCGUUUUCUGCACACACUGAGUUUGAUCCGAUGAUGGCACUACCGUCUUCUAUAAUGGUGGUUGGCAUUCUGGGUCUUGUGCCCAGCUUUCCUUGAUAUUUGGUGUCAUUUCGCCGUGUCUUCUACCUGAAAUAGAAUGAUGCCACCGCCAUCAUGUGUUUUGAGCGUUCACUGAGCAGUUGAACUGUCGGACUACUGUAGUCGGUCAUAUUCACAACUACACAUGCAUACUCACUGUCCGGGUGUCUUCGGCAGAAACCUUGACGACGUCAUGUUGAUAUUUGAUUGAGCUUGACUUGCCCAAAACUACUAGUAGUGCAGCAACUAGUUACUUUCAAUUUUUGUAUCCAUUCAGAGGUAACAUUCAGAUUCUAAUUCCGUUAUCAAUUUAAUCAUACCUCACUCUACAAAUUAUAGCAUCCUACCGUGAGUAGAGCUGAACACUAUAGUUUUUGUUUCUA